UGAAUGAAAGAGUAGAUCUUGUAUAUCUUGCUGUUCAAAAGUAUAAUUUUAAAUUUGAAUUAGAAGAUAAAAAUACGUACUUUGCUUUUAAGAUUUCAUUAAUUUGAAAAUUAUAAAGGUUUUCAAUUUUGCGCAAUGUUCGAAUCUGAUGAUUACGAUGAGGUACUAUCGCAGCUAGACUUUAAAGAGGUCGACGAUACACAAAAACGAAUCUUAUCGCCUGAAGAUACUCAAAAAGUGGGGAUUAAUGAAAAUAUAGCACCUACAUUAAAAAAAGAUUUUAUAAAUCCUUGCUUGUUUGAUAAUAAUGUAUCACCAAAACAUAGUAAAAGAAAACUUAUAGACUCCCACUUCGAUCACAAGAACAAAAGAAAAUUUCCAGGACCUGCUGGAUUACUUACAGGAACCUUGGAGGAAACGAAAGAUGAUGCGAUUUGCCAAAUUGAACUUUUAUCUCAGGAUAUAGAUGCAUCUCAAAAUUAUCUCAACAGGGGAAUAUUUGAAACACCAUUAUGGAAGAGACUUUUAGAAGAUACCAGUGAUUUUAGUUGCAAUACAAUAAAAGUGAUUAAACAACAAGCAUUGACUGGGAAUCUGAGGAGAAGAAAAGCAGAUAUUGUGAGGGGAUUUAUUGAAUCAAUUGAUAGAUCUGCUAUUGAUCCUCUAAUAACAUUGAGAGAUACAACAGGGCACAUAAAAUUUACACUACAUAGAGAUGCCUGGUUGCACUUCUCACCGUACUUUAUCUCCGAGUAUUGUGCUUUAGUGUUACAUAAACCUACAGUUCUUACAACUGGUAGCACAUUUAAGAAGCAUUAUCUCAAUGUUACAAUAAGGAAUAUUUCACAUAUAUACAGUAAUACUAUUGUUGAUGAGACUGAAGAAUUACCUGAUGGAUUUGUAAAGAUAGUAAAUGAAGAGUUAACACUGAUUAAACAUGAAAAGCAAAAUACAGAAUUUGAUUUUUCACCGAGUAAUGAAAUAAAUGAAGCUGACCUACUUGGAGACUUGGGAGGAGAGUUUUCAGACAUUUUUUGAUGGUAAUACACCAAGAUUUUAAGUGAAAAGUAUUUAGAUAUUUCAAAGAUUGACCUAUAAUACUAAUAAAAAAUGUAUAUUG